AUGGCUCUUUCCUUCGAUGGAUUCAAGGGAGUAUACAAGGUACUUCAUGUGUUCAUGGGCCCACCUCUUCAAUGCCAUAUUCUUGUCUUGAGAAGAAACAUUCUCUCCCGAAUAUCAUCAAAUUGGAAAAAGAUUGAGGUUCCUUCUUACAUGGAUGAAUGGAUCCCUACUUAUAUGUACCAAAGGCGUCCUUAUUGGGGUGACCCUGUUUCGGUUCAAGCGAGGUAUUUCCAUUGGAGGAUCUGGGAUUUUCAUGGUGAUAGGUGGUAUCUGGUUUCCAUGGAUAUGGUGAAAGAGAAAAUGGUACGAAUGAGUCUUCCUAUACCUGAAUCUAGUAAUGUCAACUACACUGUGUUUGAGAUGGGUGGUUUUCUCACUCUUAUUCAUCAAUUUUCCUCUAAAAAAACUGACGUGUGGAUGUUUAACGAUUUUCAAACUGACAUGUGGAUUCUUAAAGAUUUUGAGAUGAUGAAGUGGGAGAAGCUGCGUAUAAGUAUCCCGGAUUAUUGCUUGACAUUCAAAUUGGAUCUAACGAUCGUCGUGUGCCUCAUUCAUCAUCGCCAAGUUUUAUAUAGUCAGGAUUUCAACAAUGCAUCAGUUCAGCAAAUUCUCACAGGUCAAAGAUGUUAA